GCCAGGCCAACGCUAAGUCGAUUUCGCUGUCGUUUCUGCGAGCUGUGGUAUGUCAGCUGUAGCGAUAUUGCUGCUGACAGUUGUAAACGAUAGCUGUACCUGUACGCGGUGAACGUGUCCCGGUGCCCGCUUUAUAAGUGCAGCGAUCCGUCAAGCAGCAUUAUUACCACUCAGCAUGGCUUCCUUCGCAGCUCUCAUGUCGCAAACCAACAACCAAGAACACCGUCCUGAGUUGUACGAAGAAGUGCGCCUCCAAAGGACGUCACGGGAGCGCGAGAAGUAUGAUAACAUGGCCGACUUGUAUGCUGUAAUCAACACACUGCAGUGCCUAGAGAAGGCCUACAUCAAAGACUGUGUUACACCAAAAGAGUACACUGCCGCUUGUUCAAAACUGCUGGUGCAGUACAAGGCAGCAUUCAAGCAAGUGCAAGGACCAGAAUUCUCAACAGUUGAAGCCUUUAUGGCUGCCUUUCGGCUGGACUGCCCUGCUGCCAUGGAACGAAUUCGUGAGGACAGGCCUAUUACCAUCAAGGAUGACAAAGGCAACACAAGCAAAUGCAUUGCAGAUAUUGUGUCGCUUUUCAUCACAAUCAUUGAUAAGCUACGCCUGGAGAUCAAAUCUAUGGAUGAGCUGCAACCAGACCUGAGAGAGUUGAGUGAGACCAUGAGUCGACUCAGUCUCAUACCAGCCAGCUUUGAAGGGAAAGCCAAGGUAGAUGAAUGGCUGCAGACCAUGUCGUCAAUGGCUGCUUCGGAUGAGCUGAAUGAAAGUCAAGUGCGCCAACUCAUCUUUGACUUGGAAUCUUCAUACAAUGCCUUCAACAGGAUCCUGCACAAUUCUACGUGACUGUCAUGCAGCAAGAGAGCAAUAAAUGUAAUCAUGCUUUGUUUCAUGAA